UGAGGCCAAACAUGAGAGGCUGGCCCAGAUCAAUAGAUGAGUCAGGGCUCAGAGUAUAAAACCUUGGGAGCUCCAGUGCUCCUAACAUAAGCCAGCAUCUCCUCUCCUCACUCAGCUCCUGGUGCUUCAAGCUUCUCUCUCUCCUUAAACAAGAUGUCUCACCAGAAAAAGCAGCCCACCCCCAUGCCCCCAGUGGGCUGCGGGAAGACCUCCGGCGGGGGCGGCGGGGGCGGCGGGGGCGGCGGGGGCGGCGGAGGCGGCGGAGGCGGCCGAGGCUCCGGUUGCGGCGGCUACUCUGGAGGCGGUGGAGGCUCCAGCUGCGGAGGCUACUCAGGAGGAGGCGGAGGCUCCAGCUGCGGGGGCUACUCCGGCGGCGGCGGAGGCUCCAGCUGCGGAGGCUAUUCAGGCGGCGGCGGCGGCGGCGGCGGUUCCAGUGGGAGUGUCAAGUACUCCGGAGGUGGUGGCAGCUGCGGGGGCGGCGGAGGCUCCAGCUGCGGAGGCUCCAGCUGCUCCAGCUGCGGGGGCUACUCCGGGGGCGGCGGAGGCUCCAGCUGCGGGGGCUACUCCGGGGGCGGCGGAGGCUCCGGGCAGCAGGUUCAGUGCCAGAGUUACGGAAGCAUCUCUAGCGGCGGCUGCGGCGGGGGCUCUUCCGGCUGCGGGAGCGGCGGGGGCUCCUCCGCCUGCGGGGGCGGCGGGGGCUCCUCCAGCUGCGGGGGCGGCGGGGGCUCUUCCGGCUGCGGGGGAGCUGGCUACUUCUCCUCGCAGGAGACCACCCAGACCUCCUGCAUGCCGCAGCAGAGCUACGGAGGGGGCUCUUCCUGCUCUGGGGGCGGCGGCUCCUCUGGAGGCGGCGGCAGCUGCUUCUCCAGUGGUGGGGGGUCGUCCUGCGGUGGGGGCGGCGGCUCCUCCGGGGGCGGCGGCAGCUGCUUCUCCAGUGGUGGGGGGUCGUCCUGCGGUGGGGGCGGCGGCUCCUCCGGGGGCGGCGGCAGCUGCUUCUCCAGUGGUGGGGGGUCGUCCUGCGGUGGGGGCGGCAGCUCCGGUGGGGGCUCCGGAGGUGGCAAGGGCGUCCCGAUCUGCCACCAGACCCAGCAGAAGCAGGCGCCUACCUGGCCAAGCAAAUGCUUCUCUCUCUCCUUAAACAAGAUGUCUCACCAGAAAAAGCAGCCCACCCCCAUGCCCCCAGUGGGCUGCGGGAAGACCUCCGGCGGGGGCGGCGGGGGCGGCGGGGGCGGCGGGGGCGGCGGAGGCGGCGGAGGCGGCCGAGGCUCCGGUUGCGGCGGCUACUCUGGAGGCGGUGGAGGCUCCAGCUGCGGAGGCUACUCAGGAGGAGGCGGAGGCUCCAGCUGCGGGGGCUACUCCGGCGGCGGCGGAGGCUCCAGCUGCGGAGGCUAUUCAGGCGGCGGCGGCGGCGGCGGCGGUUCCAGUGGGAGUGUCAAGUACUCCGGAGGUGGUGGCAGCUGCGGGGGCGGCGGAGGCUCCAGCUGCGGAGGCUCCAGCUGUGGAGGCUACUCCGGGGGCGGUGGAGGCUCCAGCUGCGGAGGUGGAGGCUCCAGCUGCGGGGGCUACUCCGGGGGCGGCGGAGGCUCCAGCUGCGGGGGCUACUCCGGGGGCGGCGGAGGCUCCGGGCAGCAGGUUCAGUGCCAGAGUUACGGAAGCAUCUCUAGCGGCGGCUGCGGCGGGGGCUCUUCCGGCUGCGGGAGCGGCGGGGGCUCCUCCGCCUGCGGGGGCGGCGGGGGCUCCUCCAGCUGCGGGGGCGGCGGGGGCUCUUCCGGCUGCGGGGGAGCUGGCUACUUCUCCUCGCAGGAGACCACCCAGACCUCCUGCAUGCCGCAGCAGAGCUACGGAGGGGGCUCUUCCUGCUCUGGGGGCGGCGGCUCCUCUGGAGGCGGCGGCAGCUGCUUCUCCAGUGGUGGGGGGUCGUCCUGCGGUGGGGGCGGCGGCUCCUCCGGGGGCGGCGGCAGCUGCUUCUCCAGUGGUGGGGGGUCGUCCUGCGGUGGGGGCGGCGGCUCCUCCGGGGGCGGCGGCAGCUGCUUCUCCAGUGGUGGGGGGUCGUCCUGCGGUGGGGGCGGCAGCUCCGGUGGGGGCUCCGGAGGUGGCAAGGGCGUCCCGAUCUGCCACCAGACCCAGCAGAAGCAGGCGCCUACCUGGCCAAGCAAAUAAGGCCAGUUGGACGCCGCGGAGACUGAGGAGCUAGAGCCGUUUUCCGUGGGCGCCUAUGGGCUCAGCGCUCUCUUGAUAUUGCCGAGGUUCCCAAAUGCUUCGUGUGUUACACCCAGACGAAGCCUUAGAGUUCUGGGGCUGCUUCUUGUUCUGCAGGUUUUCCUCUUUGGUUUCUGUACAAUUACCUCCCAACCCCAGUGCCUCCUCAGUCAAUAAAUUUGCAAUUCAUGAGAA